AUGUCCUAUUCCGCCUCAACCUACCCCUUCUCCUCCACCUCCUACGCCACACCCAGCGCCUUUGGCAUGUUCGCCGCACCCCAGUCUCCUCGUGAGACUCACUUCAUGGUCGAAGACUUUCGGGUUGCACUUGGCUCUCACAAUGGCCAGCGUACGGAGAGGAAGAGGACUACUAGCGGAUCGUCGAUGAAGGCUGGCUUGAAGAAGCUCUUUGGAGGAAUGUAG